CCGGCCGGACGGUCGGUGGGAGCCAGGACCGGCCGGGCGGAGCGGAGUGGAGCGUGAGCCUCUUUGUAAAGAUGUGUUAUCCAGAAACAAAGUCAGCGUUGUAGCCGAAACAGCAACCGGCAAAGGGGAAAAAAACUUCUGGUCACUUGGGUAUAAAAUGAGGCAGAAGGACGUGUUAUCCAAGACCUUCCAGGCGCCUGCUGUUGUAAGCAGUUCUCCAAAUAGUCGUAUUUACAUGUUUAAAAAUAACUCCGAUUCAGACGAGACGUCUGAGGAAGAACUGAACGUUGAAUUACGACCAAGAGGCAAGGAGCAGCAGAAGAGCAAGCCCCACAAAGAAAAAGUGGGGGAUGUGAUAUUGCUGGAACGAGAGAUCACCGAGGACGAUAAUCUCAACAAACUUGCCCUCCAGUAUGGCUGUAAAGUUGCGGAUAUCAAGAAAGUAAACAACUUCAUCAGAGAACAGGAUUUAUACGCUUUAAAAUCCAUCAAGAUUCCAGUGAAGAAUUACGGAGUUUUAACAGAGACCAGCAAAGAAUUAAAACCCCUCCAGAGUACAUCUUUCCGCUCGCCAUUGGCACUUGUCGAAGUGCCUGAACCCGAAGACACAACUGCCGGUCGCAGCUGUGCUGGUUCCAGUCAACUAACCGACUUUUUUAAGGAAAUUGAUCAGGAUAUUGAGAGCGCCGUGCAACCAGAAAUAUAUUUCAAUGAAGAUCAUCCCAUAGAAACCCCCAGCCAUCCUUUGCUUCCACUUAGUCAGGAGACAGUGACAAAUGGUGCGGACUGGGGAAUUCAGUGGUGGAAUGCAGUUUUCAUCAUGCUUCUCGUCGGAAUCAUUUUGCCGGUGUUUUAUGUGGUCUAUUUCAAAAUACAAAGAACUGGAGGACCUACCAGCAGUUUGAACCUAACUGCUGUCCCUGGGGUCUCCCUUCCCACCAGUGCAUCUCCAGGGAAGACUUCCACGUUGAAGAAAUUGUUGCAUGCCAUUUCCCUUUUAGACUCUGAUGCCAACAGUCAGUUUCCACAGAUGCAGGCAGGAAGCUAGCUUGUUUAUUCAAAGGAAAUUAAGCUGGAAAUCUCAAGCUUUCUUGCUAGGUGAAAGGAAAUUACUGUUGCUGUUGCCCUGUAGUAGAAAAUGACAGCCACUUUACACAGUGGGUUUUAGAAAUAAGGCCAAGGUAGGGUCUCUGUGGCAGCAUCAAUUCUUUUCCUAGUUUGUUUUGGGCACAGUCACAUGUAGGAAGCUGCCAUAUCCAGACACUUUAUUCAUGUUGGAUCAGAAAAGUGAGUUCAUGAAGUUGAAUAGCAACUUGAGAGAUGACUGAGUUUCCUGCGAGCAGUAUGACAUUUUAGGUUAUAGUAUUUAAAUGUUUUCUGAGCUUUCUUCUUUCUUUCUUCUCUGGAAAGGUUUUUUUUUUUUUUUUAACCUCAAGCAAAUUUACCUUUCAAGCUGCAGUCUCAGAAGGUUAAUUUGUAGUUUAAUAAAAGAGCAAGUACUUUCUUCCUUCCAA